AUGAAUCUCCACACGCUGUUUCAGGAUUUCAAUCCAAGUAAAUUUUUGGUACACUGCUGUUUGAUGAUAUUCACAAUCUUAUUUGCACUUCGUUUGGAUGGUUUCAUAGAAUGGAGUUAUUGGACUGUAUUUACUCCAAUAUGGUUCUGGAAAAGCAUGGUAAUUUUGGGUGCUACUGUUGGAAGUUAUGUUUGGUGGAAGCAUCCACAUGCAAGAUUGGAAGGAGAUGCUUAUAUACAUUAUAAAGCAAUGUUGAUUACAUUGGCAUUACAUUUGAUUCUAUUAAUGUUUGAAUUGUUAGUAUGUGAUAAAUUAGAAUCUGAAAGACACCUUUGGAUGCUUGUAUUUAUACCACUUAUCUUCAUCUCUGCUGUAUCAAUAGUUGUUUGUAUAUGGGCUGCAAAGCACGAUCGAUUAUUUGAUUUUGAAUUAUUUUGUGCAGUAAAUAUUCUGCAAUUUAUUUUCUUAGCAUUAAAACUGGAUGGUAUAAUUACAUGGAGCUGGGAAGUAGUGUUUGCUCCCCUUUGGGCACUGUUAUCAUUAUCUUUAGUUGCAGUACUAUAUGCAAUAGUGUUUGCUGCUGUUUUAUUAAGAACUCCACAGAUUAAUGCCAGACAAAGGCGGACAUCUUUGUACUCAGCAUUGGCAUAUACAUCUCUUGUGGUUCCAGUCCUAGUGUUCCAAGUACUAUUAGCAAAUAAAUUAGAUGGAGAUAUUUCACUGAAUUAUACAACAGUAGUAAUGCCACUUUUAAUAUCUCAUGUAACACUUAUUUUUAUGUCAUUUGAGGCAAAAGGAGGAAACAUAUGGUGGUUUGGUGUUAGGAAAGAUUUUUGUCAUUUUUUAUUGGGAUUAUGUCCAUUGCUCCAAGAAUAUGGUAAUAUUUCUUAUCAACCACGAAGUGAGCAGGACCAACCACCAUCAGACCAACCAAUGGUGUCGGAAAAGAAUGAAAAAUACGUUAAAAAAGUCGACCUAAUGAAACCCGUCGUACCUAUAAUUUCUAUCGAUAUGCCGGAUUGAUUAUAUUGUUUAGGGUCUAUUCGGAUAUAUGAAAUAUUUUUAUCCAUAUGAUUGGUUCAUACCAGAUGCGAUAUCUUACCAAGUGAUGGAUAGGUGCGUAAAUAAUAACAGAAUUAUAAAAAAAAAGUGGGAGAUUGUUAUUUUCGGUACGAUAUGAAAGUCUUGUUAUUGUUAAACAUACUGUGCGCUAAGGCAAUCAUAAUUAUAUUACCCAUUUUAUUCGUGGGGUUUAAGCCUUACAUGAUCAUUGUAAAGAUUUGGUAGAAAAGAUCUUGAAAGAUUUUUUAAUACGAUCUACUUGAAGAUAGAGUUCAAUAUUGGAUGCAUCUACAUGAAAUGCCCCUAGAGCAAAUUUAGCAGUCGCAGUGCUCAAAAUCAUUGUCUCUUAAAGCUGCAUCAAUUUUAUGUCUAUCCAAACACUUAAAUUAUGCGUAGAAUAAGCAACCAACCCGUCCAUUUGUUUGAUUGCUCCUUUAUAAUGAUAUAGGAUAAUUGCCGACCUAUUUUAUUAAGCCUGUUAUUCGUAAACUUUACGUAACGGUAGCAUUAUUAUUACUUUGCCAAAAGUAGUAGGUAUAAAAUAAUGGUGAAUAUGCCUAAGCUGGUGCUAAAAAAAAUUAAAAAUAUCUUAGAUAUGUUUUAUAUGCAACUGUGAACUGUGUUUAAAAUUGAAACUAAACCUCAGUGUAUCGUGAUCUGUACAGGGCUAAGCUUAAUUUGUAAUAUAUUAUAUUUUAAAUAGAUUUUCCUGCAGAGUGUCGUAAAUGUACAUUUGAAGCUUGUUACCAAGGAAAAUCUUUCAUGUAAAUAAUACUCCAAGUUUUAGGAUUUGUUAGCACUGUACAGGUCAUGUCCAGGAAGUUUAUUAUGUAUAUAGCUAAGUUUUGAUUAAUGCGUAACUGUCUGACUUUUCGUUAACAUAACGUUUGUCAACAUUGAAUUAUUUGUAAAAAAAAUUUGUAUGUAUACAUACGUAUAUAUAAAGAUAACAUAAAUAGUAAAAAGUAAAAACGAGUAAAGCUGUGAACGAUAUGAUUAAUUACGGUUUUACAUUUUCUUUUAAAGAUUACCGUUUUUAUCUUACAUUAUUUAAUAUUCAAAAUUUGUAUUGUGAAUAAGACAUGGCUGUAUUAUUCGUCUAGUAAAUUUCAAGAGAUUGUCACAAUUAAUGAACAAAAAUUGUUGACUACACGAAAAAAUAAUAAAAUUAAUUACAUUUUAUUUUUA